ACCUAUGCAUUUCGAAGUUUCUUGUCCCGCUUUUUCAUCAAACCCUGUCAUUUCUUCCAGAUUCUUAAAUAGUAAAUUAUCAAUCGAGCUUGUGUUUCUCCUUUUAACAAGGAACAAACACAAGCUAUUUUGGCAAAUCUCUGAAUGAAUAUAAAACCCCCCCAAGGACGCAAACCAAAAUCGAAGUACUAAGACUUCCAAUUAAUUGCAUGCCAUUUCUUGCAAUGGCACCGAAGAAGACGAGGAACAGCUUGUUAAUCAUUCUCUUAUCUCUCUUGUUCGUCACAUGUCGUGCUACAAUAUUCCCUUUCUUCCGUCCUCCAUGGUUAUUGAAUCCCAUGAUUGACAGCAAUGAAGGAAUGCAUGACGAUAAUUCAUUAUCAUCGCAAAUUUUCCACCAAGAAGUGCUCGAUUCGGGAGCGGGAGGAGGAGAUGUUGAUAUUGCAGCUGGGUUUAAAGGUGAAUGGAAACUUGAUUCAGAUAACUCCGGCGUGUCGGCAAUGCAUUCCAUAUUGCUUCCCAAAAUCAACAAGGUUUUGAUGUAUGAUGCUACCAUUUGGAGGAUAUCCAAAUUGCCUUAUCCUGCUGAUCACCCUUGUAGAAUAAUUAACAAGAAGACUGGUGAAAAAGACUGCUAUUUUCACUCUGUCCUUUAUGACAUUAAGACUGCUGAGAUUAGGCCUCUUGAGCUUAAUACAGACACAUGGUGCUCAUCAGGAGGAUUGACAGUGGACGGAACCCUAGUGAGCACAGGUGGAUUUGAAGGUGGAGCCAGGACUCUUCGAUACCUCCGAGACUGUAAUACCUGCGAUUGGGAGGAAUAUCCCACCGCACUUGCUUCUCUUAGAUGGUACUCAACACAGGCAACCCUCCCUGACGGCAGCUUCAUCGUAGUCGGCGGCCGCCGGGAGUUCAAUUACGAGUACAUUCCGGGACACGGUCAACAACAUCAGAACACAAAAGCCUACAAUUUCCCAUUCCUCCGUGAAACCACUCAAAUGGACGAAAAUAACCUUUACCCCUUCGUGUAUCUCUCCACCGACGGCAACCUCUUUAUUUUCGCCAACAACCGUGCCGUCCUCCUGAACCCUAAAUCCAACCAAAUCGUCCUAAGAUACCCCGUCCUCCCUGGCGGAUCUCGCAAUUACCCUGCCAACGCCGCUUCCGUACUCCUCCCCAUAAAACUCCACCGAAACAAGAACAGGAAAAUUCCCGCCGAGGUAAUAAUCUGCGGAGGAGCAAAGCCGGAAGCGUACGGUGAAGCCGAGAGGAAGCAUAAUUUCAUGCCGGCGUUGAAGGAUUGUGGAAGGAUGAGGAUUACAGAUCCAAAACCUGUUUGGAAGAUCGAGCAGAUGCCGUCAGCUCGCGUGAUGGGGGAUAUGGUAAUUCUUCCUACUGGAGAUGUUUUGUUGCUUAAUGGUGCCAAAAAGGGCUCAUCAGGUUGGGGUUUGGCAAAAGAACCAAAUUUGACUCCAGCAUUGUACCGUCCGAAGCUCAAGAAAGGACAAAGAUUCUCCGAAUUAGCAUCCACAAAUAUCCCUAGAAUGUACCAUUCCUCCUCUACAUUGCUUCCCGAUGGUAAAAUCCUUGUCGCCGGAAGUAAUACCAAUAAUGGUUACCAAUACAAUGUCGAAUUCCCUACUGAAUUGAGGGUCGAGAAAUUCUCGCCCCCUUAUCUGAACCCAUCAUUGGCAGAUAAGAGGCCGGAGAUUGUGGUUGACGAGCUGAAGACCGAGCUCAAGUAUGAAAAGAAGUUUGCCGUGAAGAUCAAGUCAAGUGCAAUGAGACUUGAAACAGGAGAAGUUCAGGUGACAAUGUAUGCACCUCCUUUUACCACUCAUGGUAUUUCAAUGAACCAGAGGCUUUUGGUGUUGGGGUUGAUUGAGGUGAUCAGUAAUGUUAAUUUUGGGUAUCAUAGUAUUAUCGCGGAGGCGCCACCAUCUGGGAAGGUUGCUCCGCCUGGGUAUUAUCUUCUCUUCGUUGUGCAACAAGGUGUGCCCAGUGAAGGGGUGUGGGUGCGUAUCACUUAAUAGCUGAUUCAAGAUAUGGUGAUUGUUACGAGAACAAUGUUCUAUGUUCUACAGAAGUAAAAUUGAUAAUGAUUUGUUGUGGGGUUGUAAAGCAAAAUAUUCUUUGACUGGCAUGAGAUGGAAAAAAAAAACUAGUUUAAGCUUUUUCUCUGUGUUUCAUGGUCACAAUUUUUUCAUUAUUUUGUUUCGGGACUUGGGUUUUUACUACACUCGUCUCUCCAUAUUGUGAAGCUUGAAUUUUAUACUGAGUUGCUUUCAUUAUUAUAA